AUGACUGAAAUAUGGACCAAAUUAAAUGCUAGAAUAGAUAAGCAGGAUGAGAACAUUAGAAACUUCCAGAUGUCCCAAAUGAGUUUAGAGAAACAAGUUGCGCAAGUGGAAAAUUCUUUGAACUUGCGUCCCCAAGGUGGGUUGCCCAGUGAUAUUGAGUCCAAUUCAAAGCAAUUACAUGCGGUAAGUACUCGAAGUGGGCUGCAAUUAGAGGAACUAGCUCCAAAGAAGAGAGACAUUGAUGUAUCAAACAAAGAAAAGAAAGUGGAAGAGGUAGUGAAAAGCUCCAAUAUUGAGGCACCUGUUCCUCAAAAGAAAUUACCACCUCCAUUUCCACAGAGGCUGAAAAAGCAUAAUGAAGAUAAAUGCUUUGGGUAUCCCGAACUCAAGGAUCCAAAAAGAUUGCCCAAAAAGUUAAAAGAUCCGGGUAGUUUCACUGUGCAGAUUACAAUUGGGCAAAGUGGUCAUGCCCGGGGGUUGUGUGAUUUGGGGGCAAGUAUAAAUUUAAUGCCUCUAUCUGUGUACCAAAAUCUUGGGUUAGGUAAUCCAAAACGAACCACUGUCAUUCUCCAACUUGCCGAUAGAUCCACUGCUAAGCCAGAGGGGGUGGUAGAAGAUGUGUUAGUGCAAGUAGGUUCAUUGAUUUUCCCAGUGGAUUAUGUGUUCUUAGACUUUGAACCCGAUUCUGAAGUCCCAUUUAUCUUGGGACGACCUUACUUGGCUACGGGUAGGGCGUUGAUUGAUGUAGCAGCUGGUCAACUAACCAUGAGGGCACAUGAUAAGGUAGAGGUAUUUGAUGUUUACCGAGCUUUAAAAUUACCUUCUAUUUAUGAAGAGUUCUCUGCUAUUAUGUGGUUGAUCGCAUAG